CUUUGUUAUUGAAAAUUUAAAUUGGCCGGGACUUAUUUAUACAAACCCUUUUUAUUUUUCUCUCUUUCUCUCUCUCUCUCUCUCUUUCUUUCAUAAAAGCACUCACAUCAUGAUGGACAACCGAAAAUAUCAGCUCUUCAAGACAGAAAUGUGUAGAAAUUGGCAAGAGAUGGGUGAAUGCAGGUACUCCAAAAAGUGUCGAUUUGCGCAUGGGAUAGAUGAACUUCGAGGUAUCCAACGUCAUGCUCGUUACAAGACGGAAAUCUGCAAGACAUUUCAUCUUACGGGUACUUGUCUUUACGGUGUAAGAUGUACGUUUGUUCAUGAUGAGGUGCACGUGCCAACUAUCGGAUCACCCAAGAUGAUGAAAACCGCUCUCCCUGUCUUUUCAGAAGAGGAUUUGGCUUGGUCCUUCUUUCCAAACACAAGCACUAUUUGGUCAGAUAGACGCUAUUCAUCUAGUUCUUCUUCCUCUUCCUCUUCUGUACCAUUUAUUUAAAUUAUAUAUAUUAACCCCCCUUUUCACUCUCUCUCUCUCUCUCUCUCAAAAAAAAUCCCCCCCCCAUUUACAUAUAUUUAAUUGCUUUAUAUAUUUCAAACUUGCAGCAAAGAGAUUUCAAAUAAAACAUUGGAAUAAACACCUUCCUCCUCCCUUCUCCUUAUAAAAGAAGAAAA